CGGCGAGCGAGCGACAUGGCGGCGCGCCCACCCCGCGCGGCGGCCCCGCGGCCCGGGCCGCGCGAGUAGGUCGCCAUGCGCGAUGCGGUAUGAGGCAGCGCCGCGCCCGGCGGGCCGGCCCCCGCUAGCGGCGCCGCCCCCGCCAUGCGAGCGCCGCCGCUGCUGCUGCUGCUGCUGAUGGCGGCCGCGGGCCUGGCCGUGAGUCCGCUCGCGCGCCUCAACCCCUGGCUGAGCGCGUGCGACCUGGAGGAGGAGGGCGCGAGCGGCGUGCGCGAGUGCGGGGGCGCGGCGUGCGGCGGCGGCGGCGGCGCGGCCGAGUCGCUGACGGUGCGCGACGUGCCGCACCUGUGCGCGCUGGGGGCUGUUGCACGCGCACGACGCCUCGCCGACCUGCGGCUGCGCGCCUGCUGCGAGCGCUCGCCCGCCUCCGCACUGGACCAAGGCGCGCGCGCCGAAGUACAAGCCGGCGGGGAACGCUGCGAGCGCACGCUGCACGACCUCCUCGGCCUCGACGCGAUGGUCGCGCGCGUGCACUGCGACUUUGUCGACAUCCUCAGUCGCUACGACUGCGACCAGUCCUACUCCGUACACACGUGUGAACAGUGCCAGGAAACGUAUCGACGGUGGGCGUGCAGUACGAUGGUGCCACUCUGGGUGGAAGAAGGUGCGGAAGAUGGUAACGACGAGGGGGGCAGGUCGCGGCGCGCGCCCGCAGAGCACACGGCGCGCUGGCACGCGCGGCACUUAGAGCGCGUCGGCCACUUGGACCGGCGGCGCAGCGCCGGCGGCGGCGUGGUCGGCCGGUGGGUCCGCGCCGCCGCCGCCGGCCCCGGCCGGCCCCUUGCACGGCUCAAGCCCUGCCUCUCAGUUUGUCAGCUCGUCGAGCAAAACUGCCCUUACUUCCUGCCGGCGGACCGCGCGCCCGCCUACCCUACACAGUACGCUGGCGAGCCCACAUUCCUAUGCCUUGAUCCGCGCAUUCCGGAAACUGGUGCGCAGGCCAACAAAUCCAAUUAUGGGUCGGAUGAGUGCUGCUACUGGUACUGCGAGGGCCGGCUGUGCUACCGGUGCGAGGCGAGGCUCAGCGAGGCGCCGCGGCCUGACUCGGAGCGGUGUACGCCCGUCGACGAGCGGGUGCCCUCCUGCUCAGUACCCUACCAGGCGCCCGCGGCGGCGUCCACGCUGCGAGCCUCCACACGAUCCCAGCUCGCGCUCCUCGUUGCAGCGCUCUUGUUUGGACUCGUGGCGCAAUCACGGACCCACUGGACAGCGGCCACGUCUCUAGUGAAUGUGCGCGAUUCAAGGUUAUAGUUUUACGUUAACGUGCGUCGCACCCCCACGUCCCGCGAUCGCCGGACAGCGAUCGGAACUUCUAUUAGUGCUGUACUUAUGAUAAUAAAUUACGCGCGGUUACGAGUUCGAUGAUCCCCGCGACUCGCGGAGCCGGAUCGCGGGCGCCCGCGCCGCCGCCCCCGCGAGCGCGUAGGUGAUAUAGACUGUAAGUUAAUAUUUGUGUCCGAAUGUUCGAUACACCCGAAAUAUAGAAACACCAAAUGUUCAGAAAUGAUUACUUAUGCAUUUUAUCUCGUAAGCGCUGUUUGCCGAAGUUCCGGCCAGUUUGUUAAUAUUUUCGGCACGAAUUGUAAACGAACCCAUGAUAUUUUAAUUUAAGUGAAGAUGUUAUAUAUAUUUUAAUUAGUACUUUACAGUUUACGUGAUGUGAUUCAUAGUCACCCAAUACCUUAACUGAGUUCAUUGAAUUCAGCAACAAGUAAUUUAUUUAGAAAUAAUGUUUAACAAAAUUGUCAAGAUUGAAAGUACUUUGAAAUGAAAGGUGCGUACGAUGCGUACUUUGUGUUAGGAGUUUGUGUGAUGAUAAUUUUUAUACGAACAGUAUACAGCAUAUGUAAACAAGACAGACAUCAAUUAAAUAGUUGCGUUAGUAAAACUUUGAAAUAAAAUAGUAAAAUAUGGAAACAGGCAUCGGAACAAAAAUUAUUGUGAAAAUUUAAUUUUGAUUAUAGCAAAGCAUCAAUUGGAAUGGGUUUUUAGAGAUUUAUUUUUGUAAUGAUGCAUUACAAGACGGACGAGUAGUAUGUGGGCGAGGGCGGUAGCGGUUGACAUGGUACAAAAGGAGGUAUAAUUCGGGCGGGGAGUAUUGGUUACUUUGAUUGCAGCCGCGUACGAGGCGAGCUCAACAUUUUUAUGCCGCGCUCGCUCGUGCAUCCUUUCGUCUGCGAGCGCCUAAAUAGCUGGUCUAUAUAUAAUAUUGACUAAAGUAAUAUAGGAUUAAUUAAAAGUAGUUGUUGUUUUGUAAGAAGUAUGACUAAUGCAUAUAAUGAAAGUUAUAUGUAAAUAUCCGUCUUAUGAACUAUCAAUCAAUAUAAUGCAGAUGUAAUAUGGUUGAAAAUGAUUUUUAUAUGAAUUGAUUUUUAAUAUAUAUUAUUGUAUAUGUAUAUCGCGUCGAGUAUAUGAUAAUGAUGAAGCAACCUUCAACAUGAGUAUUGUCGUUCUCAUAUGUAUAGGUAACAGUAUUUGUUAGUUUGUCUUAUUUUUGAAAAAUAUUAAAUUAUAGAGGUAUCGUUGAACAUUAUGUGAUCGAAAACAAAUAUAAUUAAUGGUUAUUAAGACUUUAUUGAAUGGACAUUUGUUGAGAAUAUUGUCCUCAGGCGGGGAUGUAGUUGUUGUAUUCAAAUGAUAAAUGAUAAUAAUAUUAAGUAAGUUAUUUUUUACGUUUUUAUCGUGUACAUAUGUCAAAACGGUUUGUUGUUUCCACUCCCAUACUUAAUCAAAGUCACCGAAGGUGCUAAAGGUCUAUUACUGCUUCUUAAGUCUUUUACUUUGUUAACUUCUACCUGGUCUAUAUGUCUGUCUGUCUGUCUGUCUGAUGAUGGAUGUGAAUAGUUCGCGAGCGGCGCGGCCGUGGCGGGCAGCGAGCAGGGGACAGUGGAUGACGAGCGGCGUCGUCCAAAACACGGCAUCUUGAAGCACGGCACGCUCAGCUGCCUUGCACACAGGGUACACUUCGUAACGGUGUUUCGAUCAUCAUAUCACUCGAAAUCUACUCCCUCAUUAUGUUAACAGAACAUAAACAUCUAUUUUCUAAUAUUUUAAAGAGAACAUUCCACUCCAGAUACUAAAAAUAUAUGUAACAUGAGUCGACAGAACCGUAACAGAUAUAAGUCGGUCGUUAUUGUUUCAAUCGAAUAUCUAAUUCGCUCGUGAUCCCUAGUGCCUUCACUUUCCUUGAAGUGAAAGCGUCCCUUAACAAGGAUAUUUGCACCUAUUCAUCAGGAUUACUAUAUUGUCCCUAUUCCAUUCAAAUAAGCAAUUAUUUCUUUUUAUUUCGCCAAUUAUGAUGCUCUUCUUCGUGUUGUCUUAUUAAAUUCGAAAUAAUAUUAUACACUAAUAUCUCAGAGAGUUAAAUAUUGAAAAUCAUAGUGAUAGUCUCUUCAAGAGAAUUUAAAAUAGGUAUUAGGGUUCGAAUCGUUUACAAUAAAGUUCCAAGUGGAUUGUUUACAAUAUUGUACCAAUAAAUACAUUAAUUAUUGAAAAUGCAUUAACUCAUGGAUAAACUUAUUAUUGUAUAAUAUCUCAUUUUUUUUCUGUUCGAUAUAAAAUAUUUGUAUUGAAUUAUAUAUAAGUGGAAUGUUAUACCAAAAUUUUUCUGUCAAGUAAAUAUGAAUAAUAAUAAUUUACGUUUUAUAGCUACCUAUCAAGGGCAGACUAGUAUAAUAGGUAUUUCAUUGCUCUCUAGGGCCUCCUUCGCGAUAUCUACGUGUAUCUAUGUAUAAAUUAAUUAUCAAGGUGUCUAAAAUUUAGUAAUAGAAAAUGAAUUACUAGAACAUAAAAAUAAUUGGAACAAUUUCGAGCACUCGUUAAAACUUACACAUUGACCGUACAUUCCUUCUUUGUGGGUGUUUCAACUCUAUACUCUUGAUAUCUUCACUCGUUCACUAUUCUAUACUAGAGUAGAUAUUAAAAGACCAAAGGAGAGGAGUUCGGUUCGAAUGUUGUUUAUACAAACAAUAUUUUUCUUUUGUAUCUACUGUUCAAUUUACCUAAACGUUCAUUACAGAGCUGCGAUGUAUUCAGAUUUCAGUACAAAUUAUUUUAUACUUUCGCAGCACCUCCAUUUUCUGCAUACCGCAUAGAGAUCCUAAAACUUCAUAUAGAUAUUAUAUAAAAAAAAAAUCUGGUCAAUUUCCAAACAAAUAUUUGUUUGUGAACGUUCAUUUCGUAGGGACACAAAUUUAGCAAUAAUACGUAGUGAAUAACUGAUUAAUCAUGUAGAGUUCACAAGUUAUCCAUGAGUGAUUCGAGCUCGUAACGAGCACCCACUAAUGUCGUUGUCGGUGGAGCCGGCGCCUUCCAUGGUCGUCCCCGGCCUCCCGUGGUAGUUGGCGCUCGGCCUCUGUGGUCGGCGUGCAGCGCGCUCGCAGGUCGUAACACGUAAAUUUUGCAACACGUGCCCUUUCUGUAGGUAUAGUCUCACGGGUGUAUUUUAAUGUUUCGUUGAACGUUUGAUGAUAGUGUGUACAUUAUGUUUUUGAAUAAUAUACGUAUGUUUUGAUGUACAUAAAUAAAGUGUAAAUGUUUAACGCACAAAUAAUAUGAACAAGAAAGCUGAUUAUGUAAAGCAGUGUACGAAAACUUAUGUAUUUAGCUGUAAACUGUAACUGGGAAGUAAUUGAUUAGAGAUACGAACUUAGAAACUUCUGUACGCCGUCUGCUGCUGUGAUCUUGUUCAUUUAUUGAUUAUUACUUAUAAAUUAUACACUUUAUUGUAUUCAUUUGCGUUUUACAAUACCACUUAGUUUGUGGCGGCACGAACUCGAUGAGUCCAUUUUUAUUGUAAAUUUACCAAUAAAGAAGGAUUUAACUAGCUGUACUGUUUGGAAUUAUAUGUUGUUUCCAUUAAGUUUAUACAGCAACUCAGUUGACUGUCACAUGCACGCACAAAACACAGAGAAAUCGCUUUCGGGGUCGUCCAUCGUUUAUAUCCGUAUUUCACGAUAUAGUAUUCAAUAUAGAAUAAUGUAAGGAAAACACCAAAUGUUAGCCUUUUAUGUACAACAAUAAUAAUAUCUAAAUAACAGAGCUAUAGGUACAUGUCCACGACCAUGUUGAUAUCGAUAUUUUUUUAUAAAAUAAAACAUAUUUUUUCUUAUAUGAAUACUGCCGAUUAAAAGUUGCUACUUAAUUACAAAUGUUUUGUCUGUGGUAUUAAAGUGUAAGGGUCUGCGCAGACGAUGGAUAUUUUAUUCAUGAGAAAAUUUUACACUGUAUAAGCAGCGUACCUACUUGCAAAAGACGUGUGCGUUGUAGGUGUUCUGUUAAGACAGGACUGAAAUGUACGCCUUAAAAUACCUGGGAAAAUAUCGAGAGAAUUUUUGACACAGAUAAAAUGUCCUUUGUCUGCGUAAUCUACUAAGAGAAACACAAAUAUACAUAUAAGGGAUCUACACACGACACAACUUUACACACGAUGCACAUUCGAUCGGUUAAAUAGAUUAGGAUCGUGAGCUAAUUCUCUAUAACAGCAAACACUGCGGGAACCUUGUUGAUUGUCACAAAAUAAUAUUACGUACUUAGAUUGCUUUAUUAACUAGAUGGGUUAAAUAGGCAUUCUGUUCACCGACAAAUAGCAUCAUUUAAGUCUAAAAUAACUAAUUUGUAAUAGUAUUGUAUUGUAGUCGUUAACUGUACACUGCUGAACGUAGCCUCCCCUAUAAGGAGGGUUUUGAUAGUAGUUGUCACGCACGUAGGCAGGUUGGCAACCGCAGUUCGGCUUUUGGUGAUGUUUUAGGAGGGACGCUGCUACCCAUCCCUUCACUAUAAGCCUCCUUAGUUGCCUCUUACGUCACCCACGGAAAAUAAAGGGGUGGCCUAUUCUGUGCCGGGACCUACACGACUUUGUGCACGUAAUUUAAUUUUAAUACCUAAACUGCUUUAAAGAAGCAGCAUCUAUGUUUGCUCACUAAUCGUUAUCUUAGUAAAUAACAGUAAUACGAAAUAAGUAAAAAAUUAGGAUUAUAGCAAAUAUCGUGCAAUUUUCAGUUAUCGCAAACUAUUCGCGAUAUAUGUAAUGAGGCCCCGGUAUACUUGCCUUCAGUUUUGCAUUCAGCAUUUACCGACCUGGUAUAGACACAUACUGACACAGACGGAGGAUAGUUCACUUGUAGAAACUAUGUUAGCCUGCUUCAACAAGUCUACUAUCCUCCACUGGUGCUGAUUAGCAGCUGACCCGUCAAAUUGGCCAUAGCUAUCGGAUGUGUUAUCGUGCCGUGCGUAGAUGCCUGUAUAUUACUAAUAUCACACAUUACUAUGAGGAACAACGAAUUAUUUACACGGAUGUCGACUGCAUGUAGCACAAUUAUAUGUUUGAUUUAAUUCAACUUUAGAUUAACCCGCACUGCGAAUUUUCUUCGUGCAAUUUUUUCUGCACAAUUAUGUCGUGUAAUAUGAAUUAUAACUACACACUAUUGGAAAAAAUAGCGCGGCGAAAAUAUGCUGUGCAUUUUUAUCGUCAUCAGAAAAGCCGCUCAAUAAACUUAUGUCAGUGUAUUUAAAUAGUAAAAUGGUUUUAGAAUAAAAAGAUAACUCAAUUUAUUGACACAUAAUAAUACAGAGCAUUGGAAGAGAACUACAUAAAAUGUCCUGCUAACUGGAAUCGGAUAUAAUUAAACUCACUAUGUGAUUAGAACUAUUAUAUCAGGAUACAAUAUACCUUCAGGGCACCAUUUAUUUUCUAUACGUGUACAUUAUAUAUAAUCAAAGUAUCAUUAUUGCCUAGCAUUUCCUUUACGAAUCAGUGUGAGUUAUCUUGUAUUUUAUCAAGCAAGCAGGCUGCGGUUUUCUUAUUAUAUUACAAAAUAAUUAUUUAACGCAUUGAAUACUAUGUAUGCACAUUAUGGUUAUGAAAGGUUUUUCACCUUUCAUAACCAUAAUGUGCUUUUAUGGUUACGAAAGGUUAUGAAACCUUUCAUAAUCAUAAUAAUGUAUGCUAAUAUUCAUCUGAGCACCUUACAAGUAUGCCUGCCUAUCACAGUAUUUGUCUAACGAUUUCAGUUUAGAAUAUGUCGUACCAUAUAAUAUUAAAACAUAUCUAGGCUCAAUUUGACUAUUUACGGUUUCUUUCACACAAUCUAUGUCACAUGGAGUGAGAUAAGUACAGUCAACAAUAGUUCUGCAUGGCCUUCACUUUUACCAAUGUUUAGUGGAAAGUGAUUAGUAACAUAGGAUAACAAAUGAUCUGUAUAAAUGUCUUAUGAUGAAUCAGAUACAUAAUAAUAAUAAUAAUAGGUAUUAUACUAUUUGUUACGUUGUUUUAAAGAAACAUACCCAUAAGUUAUAAGAAAUUUUACCAUGUCAUUCAUAAUUCAACCCCGAAAGUUUCUCUUAAAAUAUUUUAAUUGUAGUCGAUGGAAUAAUUACUAUUGCUUUUAUCGAAUUAUUGCAACAGUUUAAUUUUGAAGUGUGUAUUUGAUACUUACAGAAAUUUAGAAAAAUCUACACUUUGGCUAUGAAUUAAAUUAUUGUUAUUACUUAUAAUUAUUAUUAUCGAAAAUUUGGUGUUACUCACAGUAGGAAAAAAAAUCACUUAUCCCAAUUCAGUUGCGAAAUAUUUGUAGUUAAACUUUACUAACGAAUCGACACUUAAUUGAGUUUAAUACUCUUAGAAUAUACGGUAGCUGAAUAAGGGAUUUUUCUAAAUUCUGCAACAUGUUUAAUUCAAGUGUCUGUUCAUAAAUUAGUAUAAAUAUAAUGUAUGUAAUUAGUGUUAUUUCCAUUUAAAUAUAAAUGUUUUGUGUUAUUUUGAUAGAAUUAUGUUGGACCUAGUAUCCAGCUGUAGCCAGCCAUCGUUAUAUAAAUAAUUUGUUUAGUUACAUUGAAGGACACUUUCUCACAGUACGUUUUAUACUAUAUAAACAAUGAAUUCAUGUGUGGUUGACGUGAAUGAACUUUUAUUUCUAGGACGAUGUCGUUCAAGCAUCGUGUUGAUACCACUAUUCCUAAUUAGUUCUAGAUCAUAUAAAUAUAUGAUUACGAGGACUUACAGGCAUACAUAAUGUACGAAAUAUUAUUUUAGAUAAUAUAAUUUGUAAUGCACUAAAAAUGUAAUUAAUUCAAGAGUUUGUCAAAUUUUCCUGAGGACUGCUUGAUGUAUUUUUAAAAAUUAUAAAUUAUAUCAUUAAAGAUGCCUAAUUCAUAGUGAGAGGUAGCGUAGUGUAAAAUCUUUACUCUAAAUAUUUAAAUCUGUAAGCACAAGUCGGCGCAACGGCGCGGGUCGCGGCGCCGACGCACACUGCCACAAGCACGCGGGGCUCCGAUAUAUUGAUAUGAUCUAGGAUGUGUCGUAGGUGUUUCUCGAGUAGUGAUCGUGUAAUAAGUCUUAUGUUACGCCUUCUAAAUGAAUAUAACUCUGUUAGUGUGCGGUGCGGGGUCGCGGGCGAGUGCUAGGGCGGGCCGGCACGAGUUACGAUGCUACGGCGCGGCUACAUCGUAGCGACCGUAGCGGCGUAGCACGAUUGCCUGAAUGCCCGCCCGCCGCCGCUCGCCGCACCCGCGCCCCGCAUGUAGACAUCGUUCGACACUCGAAAUAAGAUUAAUCACGUUCGAAUAAUCGUAGACAGAUUUUGAAAUUUAAUAUUAUUUGCAUUUUCCUAAGAGUUAGAACGAUUGAGACAGUAGGUCGCACGACCGUGUUAUGAUGAAUUAUGGAGAUGUUUAUUAAAAAAUACGUUUAUGAAAAUGGAAUAAAAACGAAAAAUAUUGUCAUAUAAACUUGUAAUUACUAACUUAAGAGGAAUUAUUGGAGAACCAGAAAAACGUUAAAUAAACCGAUUAAAAUACAUAA